AUGGCUCCAAAAUUUUCUUGGGAGGCUAAAGGAAAGGGUAUUGCAAUUCUUCCACCUCCCAAGAGAGCAAGAACUACUAUUUCUAUCCAUGAACCACAUGAGGGUUCAAACGUUCCAAGGGAUGCUCCGACUUCUCUUAUGAGUUCUAGUUCACCAACAACUGAGGAGGCCUUUGAUGAAAAUAGACUCCUGAGGAUUCAGACGCCUGCCGAGAUGGCAAAAGAGUAUAAGAACUCUCUAGCGAAGACUCCGUUCACCGAUGAUAUAUACCUUAUUGACAGGCCUAAGAAAUUCACUAUGCCUUCCUUUACUAAGUUCAAUGGUACUGGAGAUCCUUCUCGUCACCAUAACCACUAUGCACAAAAGAUGGCUCUGGACGAUCACAACGAUCCAUUCAUGUGCAAGGUUUUUCCGACUAGUCUAACAGGAGCUGCAUUAGAGUGGUUCAGAAAUAGACCACACAAAUCCAUCCCGGACUACGAAACUUUGUGCACAAUGUUUCUAGCACAAUACUGCGAAAACAAGAAGCAGAAGAAGAGUAUCACUAGUCUCUUCACCAUAAGGCAAAACAAAGGAAAAACUCUACAGGAUUUCUUGUCCAGGUUUAACAUGGAGGCCUCGAAAAUAGCAGAUUGUUAUCCUGCGACUGCAAUAAAGACAUUCAAGAUCGUUAUAAUUCAGGGAACCAAGUUUCAUACCUCCCUAGUCAAAUAUUCACCUCAGGAUAUACAGACUCUCAUUGCUAGGGCACAGAUUUACAUCCGACUUGAGGAGAAUGUGGCCCACUGA